UACAUCAUUUAUGAAUGGUUUGAAUGAAACACAACUAAUGUAUUGACUGAAGACUUCCUUUUCCUGAAGUGAGACAACACUUGAGUCAGCAGCCAUGGGUAAGAUAAUGAAAGCGGGAAAAGUGGUGCUGGUGUUGGCCGGCAAGUAUGCGGGCCGUAAAGCCGUGAUACUCAAGAAUCACGACGAAGGAACCAAUGAUAAGAGUUAUGGACACGCAUUGGUCGCUGGCAUUGAUCGAUACCCUAAACCCAUACUUAAGAAGAUGGGGAAGAAGAAGAAGGCAAAGAGAAGCAAAAUUAAGCCAUUCAUUAAAGUGCUUAACUAUAAUCAUCUGAUGCCUACCAGAUAUCUCGUUGAGUUGCCAUUUGACAAAUCAAUCACAAGUAAAGAUGUGGUGAAAGAUCAGUCAAAGAAGCGAAGGGCGAGACGAGAGGUUAGAAAGAGGUUUGAGGAGCGCUACAAGUCUGGCAAAAACCGUUGGUUUUUCACUAAAUUAAGAUUUUGAAUGUAUUUGCAGUGAUUUCGUUUGAAUUUAUUAAAACUAAUUUCUUAUGACU